AUGGCAGUCAUGAGCCGCCCGUCCAACACCUGGACCGCGGCAGGCUUUUAUUCCAGCCGUUCCCACCGACAGAACCGGCCCACCAGCAGCUACGAGACCAGAACAGUCGUGUCGGCAGCUGCACGUGUCAGCCAGCACUUCGUAAAGCGGAAUGCAGGCAAGAGCCUGAAGGUCGGCGCCCGGGCUCUCAAGAAGACCCAUCGGCAUUUCGUCAGCGCGGGCAGUGUCAUGCAGGCGAUGUACAGGAUGCUCCACCUUGGGACUCCACACAAGAUCACGCAGAAGCAGUUCGAUGAGGCGGCGCUCCAGACUGGGUGCAAGGGCCUGACUGCCUUUGCGGCCCUGCCGUACGUCGACCUGUCGUGCCUCUUCACCGUCUCCACCGGCCAUGCCCUGCUGUUCGGAGUGUUCCUGGUCGUGACUUCGGACUUCGGGCGGCGGUACAAAUGCAUCAUGCAGUACCGCAAGAGCUACCGCAUGGAGGACUGGCUGCACUUCGUUGAGACGUUCUCCAGGUACAUCUUCAAGGGGGACGUGCUGCCCGAGGCCUUGCGGGCCCUGUGUUGGAGCCUGUGCAGCACGGUCACGCACUACUUCUGGCCGCGGCCCCCCGACGAGACCCGUGAGCAGUUCCUGGUGGCAGCCAAGGCGGCUGCAUGCAAGCUCAGAGCUUACACGACCAGGCUGGAGGAGUUGGAGGUGCCGGGCUACAUGUUCACGGUCAACCUGCAUAUCUGUGUAUGCCGGCUGUACGACCAGGAGUGCCAGCUUGGGUCCGCGGCAGGGUUCUCCGACCUGCCGGUGGAACGCAUGAUGCAGCAAAUGAAGACGCAAGGCGGAAGGAUGGUGUCACAGGCACCCGAGAAGCACUAUGCGCAGUGGCUGUGCCUGAUGUGGGCCUCCGAGUCGCUCACCGAGGCAGACCCCGCGACCGGGGCCAAACACACGACCAACCAGCAGCUUGAGAGGAUGUUGGCACGGCGCGCAGUGAACACCGAGGCUGCCUGGUUUGAUAAACCAGGAGCCAACGGUUACCUGCUUGGACGAGGCCACAUGGUCUACCCGAGUCCAGAACGAGUGGCACAAGUCCGGGCAGCCAUGGCGAGCCUAGUGCACUGGUAUGCCCUGGCAUUCGAGGAUGUGGCUUCCUGGACAUUGGGUCCCAGUGCGAGCUACGAACUGGACACGGACCGCCUGGAUAGGGUUCUCAUGUCUACACCACCCGACUGUCCCAAGGCCCGCUCCUUUUUGCGUGCAGAGGCACUCGACGAGGAGCAGUACUUCAGGGCUGAGUAUGGGCGCCAGCAGCAGCGGACCUCCUGCUGGGCAUGCUACCAGGCAGAAGUCGGCAACGAGACUCGGACGUAUGCGGCCUACCUCAAGUACUUCGUCCACCUGCCCGCAGAAGAUGGCGCUCAGGAUGUCCGCUUCACUGUCGCAGAUGUGUACUCGGGACAGGUGUUCAGCGGGGGGCUGGUGGUGGUCAACAUGGCGGCCGCCCAGACAGUGAGGGCAGGCAGCCAGUGGGAGAUGUGGCAGGACCUAGGGCUGCCGCUAAGUGAGCUGAAGGGCAACAAGAGCUACCGCAUGGAGGACUGGCUGCACUUCGUUGAGACGUUCUCCAGGUACAUCUUCAAGGGGGACGUGCUGCCCGAGGCCUUGCGGGCCCUGUGUUGGAGCCUGUGCAGCACGGUCACGCACUACUUCUGGCCGCGGCCCCCCGACGAGACCCGUGAGCAGUUCCUGGUGGCAGCCAAGGCGGCUGCAUGCAAGCUCAGAGCUUACACGACCAGGCUGGAGGAGUUGGAGGUGCCGGGCUACAUGUUCACGGUCAACCUGCAUAUCUGUGUAUGCCGGCUGUACGACCAGGAGUGCCAGCUUGGGUCCGCGGCAGGGUUCUCCGACCUGCCGGUGGAACGCAUGAUGCAGCAAAUGAAGACGCAAGGCGGAAGGAUGGUGUCACAGGCACCCGAGAAGCACUAUGCGCAGUGGCUGUGCCUGAUGUGGGCCUCCGAGUCGCUCACCGAGGCAGACCCCGCGACCGGGGCCAAACACACGACCAACCAGCAGCUUGAGAGGAUGUUGGCACGGCGCGCAGUGAACACCGAGGCUGCCUGGUUUGAUAAACCAGGAGCCAACGGUUACCUGCUUGGACGAGGCCACAUGGUCUACCCGAGUCCAGAACGAGUGGCACAAGUCCGGGCAGCCAUGGCGAGCCUAGUGCACUGGUAUGCCCUGGCAUUCGAGGAUGUGGCUUCCUGGACAUUGGGUCCCAGUGCGAGCUACGAACUGGACACGGACCGCCUGGAUAGGGUUCUCAUGUCUACACCACCCGACUGUCCCAAGGCCCGCUCCUUUUUGCGUGCAGAGGCACUCGACGAGGAGCAGUACUUCAGGGCUGAGUAUGGGCGCCAGCAGCAGCGGACCUCCUGCUGGGCAUGCUACCAGGCAGAAGUCGGCAACGAGACUCGGACGUAUGCGGCCUACCUCAAGUACUUCGUCCACCUGCCCGCAGAAGAUGGCGCUCAGGAUGUCCGCUUCACUGUCGCAGAUGUGUACUCGGGACAGGUGUUCAGCGGGGGGCUGGUGGUGGUCAACAUGGCGGCCGCCCAGACAGUGAGGGCAGGCAGCCAGUGGGAGAUGUGGCAGGACCUAGGGCUGCCGCUAAGCCACCUGAUUUGCCGCCUUAAGGCAAGCUUGUGUAUGGCCCUCUACAAGACGGGGGGCCCGUUUCAGAAGAAGGUCUUGGACAAGAUCCUGCGACCGUCGACUAUCACUGCAGACCACGGUGCUGUGGCAGCCGCAGUGGGAGCUGAGGCAGUGGAUACUGCGGCUAACGACGGUGAUGCCCUACCCAAUGGGAGCAUCCCUAGCCCUAGCCCUAGCCCAAGCCCAAGCCCAAGGCCCAAGCCCAAGCCCAAGCCCAAGCCCUAG